UUCUCUGCCGCAGCCAUACAGUAGAGGAAGACAGAAAGACUUCCGCAUACAGACGUUUAAUGUGUUUUCAGGUGAAAUAUGCCCCGUUACUGUGCUGUAAAACUUUGCAAAAAUCGUGGAGGAACACCCUCUAAAGAAAACAAGAGAAUAAGCUUUUACCCGUUCCCCUUGCAAGAUGAGGUCAGGCUGCAGAUAUGGGUAGACAACAUGAAGCGAGAGGAGUGGACCCCCAGCAGACACCAGUACCUGUGUAGUGAACAUUUCACUGAGGACUGCUUUGACCUGCGAUGGGGGAUCCGGUACCUGAAACACACAGCCUUCCCCACCAUCUUCCCUCACACACACCAUGAUGAAGAUAAAGCAGUUUCCACCAGUAAGAACACCACCAAGCCCAAAACCAGGAUAUGCGACUCCAACAUUGAACUCAUCCGCUCCCCCUCCCCUCCUGGCAAGAAUACACCUCUGAUUCUGAAAAGGACUGUCAGAGUGGAACCAGUCGUGGUGAGUGUCACUCCUGUCCCUAACCCUGAGGAUGCCAGUGAAUCUACGGUCACUACACUGUUAUAUGAAAGACCGCUUGUUUCAGACACAGAGGCCUCUACUCCUAGUGAAAUGGUCCUGGGAGAGCUGAUGCUCUCAGAGACCCAGGCUGCAGUGUGUGAGGUGAACAGAGAACUAUCUGGAGACAGUGGUGGGAUACUGACAGCCUCAUGCUUGAACCUGUCUGGUGAGACACAGACACUGCAGCAGCUGGAUACACUGGACUCCACUGUGACCGUGCUCUGCUGUGAAUCCGUCGUCCCUGUCGGCCAUUUCUCUGAAUGUGAAGCCACGGUGGACGCCCUCCAUGUGGCCCUCGGUCAGACGUUUAGGAUCUUCCCUCUGGAGCUGCGGAGGGAGGAGUGGGUGGGAGACCGGGAGGAGGGCCCCGGGGAGGGGGAACACAUCUCUGUGUACGAGCACUCCUACUCCAAACAGGACACGGACAAGGAACAGCUGUGGAGGAAGAUAGCCAGCCUCCACACCAAGAUCAUGGAGCUGGAUAGGAGAGAGGAAAGCACCAUGGCUAAAAUACGAUCGCUUGAGAGCGAGAUGGCACAUCUGAAGAAGAGCAACAUUGUUUUGAAAGAAGAGCAGAAAUUACUAGAGGACUAUAUUACUUCUGCGUUGCUCUGAUGUCUUAACCGUAGUGCUUUGUUUCCAUUAACAACCGUCUUUCUAAUGAGAUGGAUUUUGUGUAGUUAUUACAGGGUUAUUACAGUCUCAAUCACUUGUACUUAUUUAUUAUCUGUUUACAUGUUUCACAAGAGUUAUAUUACUUACUUGUAGUGAGGCCCUUCUCAAAGAGCGUUCUAGGCAGGGGCUCCCUGUCCUUCCAUUUGUCUCCGCUAGGUGGCACUGUGUCUUUAGGAUAGGCCCUGGCGCUCUGCACUACUGUUGCCUGUUUAGACAUCACUGACUGACAUAGAUUGUCAGUAUAAGUGGUGUAAUUUGGAGCGUUUUAAGGUAAGUGAUAUUCCCUAUUCUUGUGCUACAGAUGGCUGCUUGUUUUAUUCAAUGAUAUAGUAUAUCAUAUCAAAUCUACUGUGCGGUCAUACAGAUCCUUACUUUGCUUGUUAUUAAUGUAUAAAAAGGCAUGUGUUUUUCACUAAUGUUUUAUAUCUGAGUAAUUGAGACGAUUACACCGUUUUAGGUGUAUCUUCUUGGUUCUAAUUAAAUGGUUCAAUAGGAAAAGGUGCAAUGCUUGAUCACUAUUCAAAAUAUAUUUUAUUCAAGCAACUAUUAAAAGCUUGAUGUUUCGGACUUCAUCAAUGGCCUUCAUCAGAACAGGUUCUGAUGAAUAAACAGGUUCUGAUGAAUAAACAGGUUCUGAUGAAUAAACAGGUUCUGAUAAAUAAACCGGUUCUGAUGAAUAAACGGGUUCUGGUGAAUAAACAGGUUCUGAUAAAUAAACAGGUUCUGGUGAAUAAACAGGUUCUGAUAAAUAAACAGGUUCUGAUGAAUAAACAGGUUCUGAUAAAUAAACAGGUUCUGGUGAAUAAACAGGUUCUGGUGAAUAAACAGGUUCUGAUGUAUAAACCGGUUCUCAUGAAUAAACAGGUUCUGAUGAAUAAA